GGCAUUGAGAUUCACGAUCUUGCAGAGCCUCGUGGGAAGUCAAUGGCUUUCCAAGGUGAUGGAGUCGUACGAACAAGAAAACGGUAAAAGUAGCGUCUGUUCUCUCUUUUCUCUUCUGGUUUACUUCCAACAUCGAAAUUCAAUAAAACCCUAAAAUUCAUUUGUUACUUUGCAACUUCUCUCCAUACAUGGAACUAUGAAAGCUUGUUCUUUCUCCAGGUGAUGAACUGUUUGACAAUCUUUUUGAGAUCACAAAUUCCGUCGUGGGUUUGUCGCUAUCAUUGAUGGUUUGAUUGCUUAGAACAUGUUCGACGAAAUUCCUCACUGAAGUGUUGUUUCUAUAUUUGGGCUCCAGCAAUUCGCUUCUAUCCAAGCAAAGCUUUUAGUGAAUCGGGUAGGCAUAUAAUUAAGAUCUCGUGGCCGAAGAUCAUUUGUUUUGAAAAUGAGACGAGGUCGAUCUCCUAGGAGUCCAAUCGUGUUUCUUGUUGCAAUUGUUUCUAUUUCUUGCUUUUUGGUUUUGAUCCUAUCGGUUCUUAGACUUCCAGACGCAUCAUUUAGCAACGGUGCCGGCAAUGCCAUCAUACUCAAGAAAAUCAACAAACUUCCUGAGAAUAGCGAGAGGAUAGGAAAAUUUGGUGAGAUGAUGAUUGAAAUGUUGCCUCAAGAUCUCUCAUUUACGAUAUUUAUCCCUUCAAAAACCGCUUUUGAGCGCGAUUUAAGGUUAAGGAUAAAUGAUAGUUUGGUUGGGGAGAAGGCAAAUGAUACAUAUGCAAUACUUUCGCGUGUACUGGGGUUCACAGUUGUGCCAUGGAAAAUUCUUUCAGAAUCUGUACCAUACGGCGAAGAGAUAAAUUGCGAUUCUUUAUCAGGACUUAAGCUAGAUAUAUCUAAAGAUGGAGACGAAAUGAUUAUUGUUAACAGGGUUAGAUCAAAACGAGUAGAUUUGAGGAAGGGGGAGAUGGUAAUACAUGUUAUGGAUGGAGUGAUUAUGGAGGCCGACUUUGAGCAAUCUGUUCAGCCUGAUGACGACGACGAUGAUGAUAAAGAUUGAGAGAGAGAUUUCAGAAUCCAAAACCCUUAUUUUGGAUGCAAAUCUCUGUUGAAUUAUCAGUUUUUUGCAGCCUGGGCAAUCUUUUAUAGCUUACAAAUGUUCUUGAUGAAUACUGCUAUAGUUGUACUGCAUUUGUUGUAUCAGAAGAUUUUAGGUGAUCAAUUGUAUAACGAGCAUUAACUGGUUGUGUGAUGUUGAGAUCAAUGAGAAACGGUGCUUUUACUGC